UCCAAGGAUCAACAUGCUCUUUUAUGCUAUUCAAGUUACUGUUUCCUUCCUCUAAUCUCAUCAACAAGGCAAUCUCGCUGAGAACUGACGCUCACUGUACAUUUCCUCCGUUUCAUUCUAUUCUCUGCAUCCUAAAGAUGGUUGCUGCCCUGUGCCCUUGCUUGAUUAACGAGCUGUUGAAAAGGUGUACCUAAUAAAGUGUCCGGCGAGUGUAUAUGUCUAGUUUGAUGUAUUAACGUGCUCGGUUUUACUGUUAGAGUGGUGUGUGGCAUGUUAAACACGCGGUAGAGUCUCACUAUACCAGCCCAGGUGGCAGCAGCAGCAUGGCCGGCAGACAGACACACAGGCAGGCAGACAGACAGACACUGGUCAUGCCAUUUUCCAUGUGCCUUCCUUGCUGGGGGGCGAGUUUGCGCCCCGCUAGAGGAGAGCGCAGCUAUUUUGAAAGUGACCCCUCAUUCAGGCAGCGACUCUGCAGCUGUCAGGAACCAUGACUGAAGAUGACGGAUUCUGUUGUCGUGGAGGGAUACGCCAGACUCAGAGACGGGAAAAAGUGGAAAACUAGGUGGCUCGUGUUCCGCAAACCGUCGCCUGUAGCAGACUGCCUCGUGUUGCUGGUUUUUAAAGACAAAUCAGAGAAAGUUCACGGCAACAAGGAGAGGGCGAGCGUCACCUUGGAAGAGAUCUGCGGCUUGGAAGCUGGACAGUGGUAUGAGGGUGUGGCUUUUACUCUGACCAUCCUCUGCCUGAAUCAGGCUGUUUUGCUGGGCUUUGACAGCAGGGACGCCCUGCAGGCAUGGGACGCCCGCCUGCGAUAUAGCCUAGGAGAAGUUCACAGAUUCAGUGUUGGAGUCUUACCAGGGACCAAGUUGGAGAGCGGGCCUGCAACUCUCCAUUUGUGCAACAAUUUGUUGGCUCUUGCUCGGGAUGUCCCUCCUGUUAUUAUUGGCCACUGGAACCUUCCAGACCUGCGUAGAUAUGGACCUGUACCAAAUGGAUUUGUGUUUGAAGGAGGAACAAGAUGUGGCUACUGGGCUGGUGUUUUUCUGCUCGCAUCUGCUGAGAGCGAGCAGAUCAGCUUUCUAUUCGACUGCAUCGUCAGAGGCAUCUCCCCCACCCGAGGCCCUUUUGGACUGCGGCCCAUUUUGCCAGAUCCCAGUGCCAGCCAAACCACUUCAGAGGAAAAGCUGAACCUCGAGGCCCAGGAGCUAGAGAAACGACUGAGCAUGCUCUCUCAUGGGAGUGGCACAGUCUCUUCCACUUACUGCCCGUCUGCUGGGGGCGACGACCGCAGCAUUUCUGGUUCUUCUGACACUUCAGACACCAGCCAUUCAGACUGCAGCAUUGGCAGCCGGCUGGGAAUUUGGACUGAACCGGCUUCCAACCCACCUGAAAACGUCAGCCACGCGGGCGCUAAAGUGCCACUGCAGAUCAGCGAGAAGCUUUCCACCAACCAGGGAGGUGGACACCGGCCUGCGGCCAAGCCGCCCCGGCAGCUUCAGGAAAUCGGUCGUCAGAGCUCAUCAGACAGUGGCAUCGCUACUGGCAGCCAUUCCUCGUACACUGGUAGUUUCUCCUCCUACACAGGCAGUCUGGAUAUGACCCCCGGAGAGGACUUUGGUUCUUUUUUAAGCCUGCCUCCACAUUUGGCUCAAGAUCUGAGCCCUUGCACUUGCCCUGCUGUUCCUGGACAUGACUACCAGGUGCCAACUUCACUUAGGUAUGUCUAUGACACUCCCAGGAGUGUUUUACAGGAGGCAGGUGGAGGUGCCAAAGACAAUGAAGCCUCCACCUCAACUAAAGACCCUCCAGCCCUUUCAGGGUUCACAGCAGAGGCAGCAAAACAGGACAAGAGCAGUGCCACAACCCCUGAGGCUCACUCAGAAGCUACUGAAAGUCAGUCAGUCAGUGAACUCUUGCAGGGCCUUUCAGUGACGAAUAAGAAAACCAAGGUGGCACCCUCUAGUGACUCUUGUAAUACCUGCGCCUCCCUCACUUCUGUCAACAAAACCAUCGUGACCAUCUGCUCUGUAUGCGGUGGAGUUAAGGGGACUCCAUACAGCCCUUGUAGUUCUUCAGCGAUACCUACCGUACCAGCAGAUCAAAGUGGUGACAAAUCACCAUGCAGACCCAGUACCAGUGAAUGCACUGUUGCGGAGAUGAAAAUUCAGGAGACCUCUCCUGGCUCUGAAAUCGUCCACAGUGCGGGGAUGCCAACUGUGAAGAUGAGUGAGGAGUCACGGCUGCCAAAAAAAGGAAGAGAGAAAUUAGCCUGUCUUUUAGCUGAUCUGCUCGGCUUUCCAGGCACAGAUAGCCAGCCAGAGGCAAAGACACACAGAUUGAACCUGUAUGAGUCAAUGAGCCCUGCUUUUGGUAAUGAGCUUAAUUUGGCACCAGCAGUACCAUUACAAGACUCACAGCAAGACAAAAGAGCUGUCAUUUAUGAAAACUGUUUGAAGUGUCAAGGAGAGCACUGCCAGCCUCCACCGCGGGCCGUGCCCGCUCAAAAGUGGUGCAACAGGAACAUUUCCCCUUUAAAAAGCUUUCCGACUUGGUUGCACCUGAAGAAGAGCCAAGAACAUCCAGCUAAUGAGGAGUUACUGUACCAAGCCCUAAACGAUUCAUCACAGAGAGCGGAUGGGCAGUGUCAGUAUGAAGAGAUAAAUGGAUCGACAGUGACCAGUGAAGACAAAAGGCUUAGUAGUAAAGAGGAAAGACGCAGAGCCGAUCCUGCUUAUGAGAUCAUGGAGAGUCGGAUGCUGGAGAGGAACCCAGAGGCACAGGAAAAACACAAGUAUGAACUAAUGGGCAGCUACAGCCAGCAGAGGUUCCUUCAAGAGACUGAAGGGGCCGUGUUUGUGUUCCCCCCAGAGGCUCCGCUGGCUGAAAGACCUCGCGGCGAAGGUGUGACGUAUGUGAAUAUUCCUGUUAGCCCCACGUCCAAGAAGCAGCUCAACUACAUGGAGCUGGAGCUGCAGGAUCCUGUGCAUGGCACUAAAGCGGCUGCCACACAUCUGCCAGCUCAGAGAAAGAGCUCCACCAAGUACGCCCAGAUUGACAUCACUGCCACAGAGAUGGCCCACAAAGUCGGCACGUUGCACGCUCUGGGUCGGCAGGAGGGCCUGCACACUCUGGAGCUGAGAAGAAAGGGGACGCCACAUUGACUUUUCCUUCACUGAAACGUUGAUCUCAGCAGGAUUUUUUUUCACAACAGCAGAACUACAACAUCAGACUAUAAAGUUAGCAAGAAACAUGGCUCUGAGGGCCUUACUGUGGGAUUCCUUCUCUAUUCUGUUCCAUCUUUUGAAAGCAACCUCAGCCAGUUUACAAAACCCAGAAUCCCAGAAAAAUGUAUUCUGUCCAAUGUCUACUUUGUUAGAUCGAGACUGUAAUCACAAAGGAGCUGGAAUAUGGAGCUGGCUUUAGAAAGGUUUGGCUCUUUGUCAUGAGAUUUCACAACAAUUUCUCGUUAAAUGGCAUUACGUUGCUCCUCGAGCUUCAGGCUGUCUAGAAGGAGGAUGAGCAAACCCUGGGCUGAGUCAGAGGCCUCAGUAAUACCCCAGAGCAAAGGCACUUCACAGCUCACUCGAGCCACCACUAAUUGUGUGCUGUUUUUGUCCUUGUGUGGGUAAAAAAAGGUAGGGUGUUGGCAGGAAAGGAAGCGGAAACGGUGUUUAUUCUCACAAGUUCACACUCAUUUAUUCCUCAGUAAUCUGUAAUUCCAUAUGUAGUUGCACAUAACUCUUUCUGCAUUUCAAAUUUAGGGAAACUUUCCAUCCAGUCUUACUCGGUGAUGCAAAAUUCAGAGUAGCUUGAUGUGUAAAAAAAAAAGAGUUUUUGUGUAAAAGUAGCACAAGUAAUGGUUCUGCAUAACACUUCCACUCUAUCCGUGGUGACUCUUGUUAGCCUGGCUCUAACUAAUGGGAAAAAGAUCAGUUGCUGCCAUACAUUUUCCCUCCUGCUUCCCAGUUCAUAUAGAAUUGGAUUUAAUUUGGGAAGGUCUUCAUAAAUAAUGCAAAGCUAAGAAGAACUGUUUUUUUUUAAAUCAGUGGCUGUUUUUGUCAAAAUUAUAUUCUACAUUUUUUUUUCUAAUCACAUCCCUGAAGCUAUUAGCAUUUUUGUUAUUCCAUACUGUGUGUCUGUGUGUGGAUAUUGGCAUUUUACUGCAGUAUUGAAAA